AUGUCUGGCUACAGGUCUGAUAUUGUGACGAGGUUCGCACUCUGGGCUUCUACUAUCUGGUUCUUGACGCGGUACCUGGGGAUUCAAUCUCAAUCAUCACUGCUCCUGUCUGGCGAGAUAGUAGUGUCCUGGAUCUUGCUCAAUUCUAUUAACUGGCUAUAUGACCACGUCUUCGAUGUUUUCGAUGAGCCCUUGGCAUUCAAUAUCAAGGAUUGGAUCAACGAUAGAGCUUAUCCUGAUGGUCUUUUGCAUUUCUUCGGCCUGUUUGGAUCUUCUUACAUUAUUCCCACCAGCCCAGAAGCAUUGACCGAGGUUCUAUCCACUCGUGCCUAUGACUACGAGAAGACCACUGCCUUCAAGAAGUUUACCAUUCGCUUCUGGGGCCAUGGGAUAGUGUCACAGGAGCAGGAAGAGCACAAGAGGAACCGAAAAACUUACUUGCCGGUUUUUAACCAAGGCAAUGUCAAUAAGCUCAAAGGCAUGUUGUUCAAGAAGUCGACACAGUUCGUGGAUCAUGUUUUAGAACUUUGUGCUACCGAAAAUGACAAGAAUAUCACCCCGGCCAACUCUGCACUUAUUCCCAUUUCCAAGACAGCUGCCAUGGUCUCGCUGGAUGUCACUAGUAUCAUCUCACUGGGAGUUGAUUUUGAAACCAUUGUUGGCAAGAACCAUGAGAUCUUUGAGGCGUAUGAGAUGCUGUUCUCCGGCACAGCGGAUAAAAGAUUUCUGUUCCUGCUGUACAACAUUGCACCACAGUGGUUCCUCGAUGUAUGGCCAUUCCCACUUGUGAAGAAGAUGGACAAGGCACACGACGUCCUGGUCGAUGUUUGUCGCCAGAUUAUUCGAGAACGUAUCAGUGAGCCAGGGAAGAGGGAAGCUCAAGCCCUUGAUUUCGUGGGGAAUCUUGGAAAGUCCGUUUCUGAAGAUGAAGAUAAUAUCAUUGCGCAGAUUAUUGUCAUUUUGGGUGCAGGAUAUGAAAGCACUGGUGGCACGCUCGCCUGGGUGAUAUACUGCGUUGCUCGUUAUCAAGAGGCUCAAGAAGAGUUACGAAAGGAACUGGCCAAAGUCUGCGAUGGCAAGGGAUCUCUACAAGCGAGCUCAGAUUUUGACAAACUACCAGUGCUCAAUGGCGUGAUCAUGGAAGCAGUUCGACUUUACCCUACAUUUAACCUAUUGCUCCGCAAAGCCAUUCGCGACACAACGAUUGCGCAGCAACUGAUACCAAAAGGGACUUACGUCGGUUUGUGUACUCGAGCAAUCAACUCCGCUCAUCACAUUUGGGGCCCUGAUGCAGCAACUUUCAAUCCAGAACGAUGGAUCGAUCGAUCGGACUCGGCAAAUCCUAAAAUAGACCCUCUCGGCGGUGCUUCUGCAUCGGUAUGUAUGCUAUCAUACUUUUAUGGGACCCGGAGCUGCGUUGGGCGGGAUUUGGCGCAGGCUCAGAUGAAACGACAGAUUGCUUUGAUCGUUGAACGCUUUCACAUCGAAUUGUUGGAUGAUUCCGAUGCUCGUCCAUCGGGGCUAUUCGCUACUACUCCGCCUUCCGAUAUCCAAGUUCGAUUCACGAAAUUCACUCUCUGA